AAGCUGGUUGUGUAUAAAUAGUGUGAAGCAAGAGGUCUUGGUCCUCUAUUUGUGUGUGAGAAUCGAGGUUGGAGCUUCUGUUAUCUGCCGACAGCUGCAGAGGUUGUGUUGUUUUCUGUGCGUAGGGGUCAAGCAAUCGGUUCUCUUAAUGAUGCCGAGUGUUAACCCUGACCCAUCUGACAAAGAUUCCGAGCCCUUUGUUGAGACCGAUCCAACAGGGCGCUAUGGUAGAUACAGUGAGUUACUGGGGUGUGGUGCUGUGAAGAAAGUGUACCGUGCAUUUGAUCAGGAAGAAGGAAUUGAGGUGGCUUGGAACCAGGUGAAGCUGAGGAACUUCUGUGAUGAUCCUGCCAUGGUGGAAAGGCUUUACUCUGAAGUGAGGUUGCUCAGAAGCUUGACCAACAAAAACAUCAUUGCCCUUUACAGUGUGUGGAGGGAUGAGCACCGCAACACUUUGAAUUUCAUCACUGAGGUUUGUACAAGUGGGAAUUUGAGGGAGUACAGGAAGAAGCAUAGGCAUGUUUCAAUGAAGGCCCUCAAGAAGUGGUCUAAGCAGAUUUUGAAAGGGUUGAACUAUCUGCACUUGCAUGAUCCCUGCAUCAUCCACAGAGAUCUCAAUUGCAGCAAUGUGUUUGUCAAUGGGAAUACUGGCCAGGUUAAGAUUGGUGACUUGGGUUUGGCAGCAAUUGUGGGUAAGAACCAUUGUGCUCACACUGUUCUUGGCACACCAGAAUUUAUGGCUCCAGAAUUAUACGAUGAAGACUACACAGAAUUGGUGGACAUAUACUCAUUUGGGAUGUGUGUGUUAGAGAUGGUGACACUAGAGAUUCCUUAUAGUGAAUGUGACAAUGUUGCUAAGAUAUACAAGAAGGUGUCUUCUGGAGUUAGACCUGCAGCCUUGAACAAGGUCAAAGAUCCAGAGGUGAAGGCCUUCAUUGAGAAGUGCCUUGCUCAGCCAAGGGCUAGACCUUCUGCAGCUGAGCUCCUCAGAGAUCCUUUCUUUGAUGAGAUUGUUGAUGAUGACGAAAAUGAUGAUUGUGCUUGUUCAUACCAAUAAAAUUGUAUUCGAGACUUGUUUGGAUAAAUUUUUAAAGAAACAUUUGCAAGAGAUAAAAAUAGAAAGGAAAAAUGAGAUAAAUUUUUUCGUUAGUUUAUGUAUAAGUUAAUUUGUCAAAGUUAUGUAUAAGCUAAAUUUAACUCAUGAAAAAAUUUAUUUUAUUUUUAUUUCUCCUAUAAGUGUUUUUAGAGAAAUGUAUCUAAACAUGUUCUCAUCGUGAUAUAAUAUGUUGAUUUGAUGUGUUGGUUUUUUAA